AUGACCAUAUCCGACAGAUCCAACGCGAGCAGUAGCAGCAUCAGCUUUCACUCGCCCACGGCGCUGUUGUCAUCGCUUCCAGAGGACUCAAAGAUGGCACCUCCGGACAAGCGGAUGCAGUUGCAACUGUUCACGAUUGCCGGCCUUGUGGUGUUCUUUCUUGGCAUUGCCAUCCCCUUUACGCUCACGCAAGCAGCGUCAGAAACCAAAGUACAUGGGUACCAAGUGCUAUAUUCGACCCCGUCCAAGCCAGACAGCAUCGUGCUCAACACGGUGAUUUCUUCGAUUAGCACAGAAACCUAUGAGCUCGUCAUGACCACAACUAUCGUUGAUAUUCCUAAGCGCUUGGCGUCCAAUGAUACAUUGUACAAACCGUUUCGAGUUCAAGUGGGGCCCGGGGCGAUUGUCAUUACCCCCAACAUCACCAACUUGAAAGUGCCGCUGAUUACCAAGAUCCCCCUUGUCAAGGGGUCCACAGCUUGGUACCCGUUCGACAAGUACUUGACCGCUGUGGAGACGGAAGCAUUUGUCGGCACGAGUCCAUUCAUGGGCCAAAAGGCUGAAGCCAUUGACGUUGCCGUCGUCGUCAAGACGCCCGAAGAUUUCAACUGGCGAUACAAAGUACGGAAAACGACCCCCGAUGACUUUGACAACGACGGUCCCCCGGGCACCCCGUCGAUUUCGACGUCGCUCACGAUUGAAGUGUCGCGCAAGUUCAACGUGUACGCGGCGCUAGUGUUUGUGUGUGUGUGGUCCGUGACCAUCUCGGUGGGGUACAUUGGAAGUUGUGCUGUGAUUUGGAAACAUCGGCCCCCAGACAGCCCCGCCAUCUUUGUGUCGGCUUUGUUUGCAGUGCCCACUGUACGCAACAUGCUCCCUGGUCGCCCGCCCUACGGAUGCUUGUUUGACAUUUUGUGCACGUACUUUUCGAUUGCGGUGAUUUUAGUCUUCUUGGUGUGGGUGUCUAUCGCAUACAUGAAGAAAGUGGAGCCAGAACACCCAGCCAAGAAAGCUGACCAAUGCCAUCGAAGUGUCGACGGAACUUAUCACCCCUGA